AUGGAUUUGAAAAAUGAGGAUGAGGAUGUAAUUAACCCACCGCCGCAACUAGAAGUUCAAGUCCAUGAUACCAGCGAGAGCACCGAAGCGACCGAUACAGCCCCGCCGUUUUCGAUAUUUACCCCUCGCGAGAAGCAGUGGAUAUCCUCGCUUGGAUCGUUCGGCGCCAUGUUCUCAACGCUCAGCAGCUACAUCUACUUCCCGGCCCUGGUCCCGAUGGCGGACGAGCUCGGUGUCUCGGUUGCGCUUAUCAACCUGACGGUCACCUCGUACCUGGUUGUGGCAGGCGUAGCCCCUGCGUUUAUGGGAGACCUGGCGGAUCAGGGCGGCCGCAGACCAACGUAUAUUCUCAUGUUCGUCCUCGUUGUCGCUUCCAACAUCAGGCUGGCGCUACAACGGUCGUAUCCGGCACUAUUUGUGUUGAGGAUGGUUCAGAGUGCCGGGGCUUCUGGCUCAUACGGCGCGGCGUAUGGAAUUGUUGCCGAUAUUACCACAGUUGCCGAGCGGGGGUCCUAUGUUGGAUCGUUAAUCUUCUUUACUGGCGCAGCACCCAGCUUUGGCCCUGUCAUCGCUGGAGUCUUGGCUCAAAAGCUUGGCUGGCGCUGGAUCUUUUGGUUCCUCGCCAUUAUUACGGGCAGCUAUCUUAUCCUCAUUGCCCUUUUUCUUCCAGAAACGCAGCGGAAGUUGGUUGGGAACGGCAGCACUCCAACACGGGGGGUUCACAAGAGCCUAUUCGACCGUUCCACCGAAGAUCGAAGGACCAAGCCCGCUCAGCUCGCCGACGAUGUCCCGGGUAUGACGAAGCGGAGAAUGUGCCGUUUCCCAAAUCCCUUUAAGUGUAUUCCCAUGCUGUUCAAGAAGGGGAAUCUGGUGGUGAUUGUUAUCGGAUCCAUCACAUACACAGUCAAGAUGACGCUGCAAACCUCCCUGGCGGCGCAGUGUAUCGAGAUUUACAACCUUGACUAUCUCCAGGCUGGACUCGUUUACCUGCCUUCGGGUUUUGGGGGAGCCCUGGCAGCGUACAGUACCGGCAAGUUCCUGGAUUGGAACCUGCGGCGAUUCGCCCGCCGGCAUGGACGCGACGAGAGGUACCGGAGAGGGGAUGACAUCUCCAACUUUCCCAUAGAACAGGCAAGGUUCUCUGGCAUUUAUAUCUUAAUUGCCAUCAGUGCGGUCGGCACCGCUGCUUACGGCCACAUCAGCGGGCCCCUCGUCAUGCAAUUCAUCACUGGUGCAACAACGCCAAGUAUAUUCACGCUUUGCGGCACGCUCCUGACAGACCUGAACCCUGCUGCGUCGGCUACAGUUCAGGCAUCUUAUAAUCUAGUUCGCUGCAUUGGAGCUGGGAUUGGUAUUGCGGUUCAGGAGCCCAUCGCCCGUGCCCUUGGUGUUGGGUGGUGUUUUGGUAUGUUCUCAAUCGUCAUUCUGGGGGCGAUACCACUGGCGGUAGCGAUCCAGCGCAAAGGCUUGGGAUGGAGGAGGGAGCAAACCGCUAAGUGA